UCUAACUAGAAAGGGAAUGAGUACAGCUUUAUCAGAUAACGAGUUGUAUUUAAAGACAACAAAAACCAUGAUUUUGGCAGAGACACCAAUGAUGGACAGCAAAUAUGUGUUGCUGAUCUUGGUGAUUUCAAGCUGCCAGCUGCCACGGACAGAUUCCCUGGAAUGUUAUAGCUGUGUAGAUGCAGGCGAUAUAAAUGACUGUGGAAACACUACACUGUGCCAGCUGGGUCAGGCAUGUUAUUUAGAGCUUAGAUAUACCGGACAGACUCCAAAAUACUCGCUUGGAUGCAGGGAUAACCAGCACUGUGGUACUCCGGAUGCGGGAAAUGCUGGUCUGGUAGGGCGGGAUUUGUACACACGACAGACACAAGACUGUUAUGAAUGUUGUAAUUCCGAAUACUGUAACAAGCAUCUUUGUGAACAUCCGAAACCAUCUGCGUGUAUAGACGAUGCGAAAGCUGAUUGUCCUUGGCUAAACACUGUAUUUAACAUUUGCAAAGAUAUUCACCAUGCAAAAACAGAAUGUCCUAAGUUCUGUGGCUUGUGCACACUAGUUGAUGGAAACUGGGCAGAGUGGUCGCCAUGGUCUCAGUGUGACGUCACUUGUGAAAAUGGUACCCAGUCUAGAAGACGGACAUGUACAAAUCCGGCACCAGCUGAUGGUGGUCUAGAUUGUGUCGGACAAAGUGUUGAAAGUAAAACAUGUGUGAAACAAUUAUGUCCGGUCCACGGAGGAUGGAGCAAAUGGUCAAAUUGGGAAACAUGUUCUGUUACGUGCGACAUCGGGAUCCAAAGAAGACAUCGAAAUUGUUCAAAUCCGUUUCCUGGACGUUUUGGGGACCAUUGCUUCGGGGAAGCGAUGGAUGACAAAUUGUGCAUGCCUGGUUCUUGUGCGAACGGUGGAUGGUCGAGCUGGGCAACUUGGAGUGUCUGCAGUGUGACGUGCGAUGUCGGUUUCAAGUCUCGCUCGAGGACAUGCACCAACCCCCGUCCAUCUUCUCAGGGCAAAGCCUGUGAAGGCAAUUCAUUGGAUGUCACACCUUGUAAGGAAGAUAUCUGUCAAAUCCCGAUGGUUGCGUUCCAAUGUAAGGAUUUAAAAGAUUUCACUUUUUCUUCCAACGAGAGGUUUGUUUUCACGACUACCAUGAUGAAUGAAGGCAAUGGUUACGACAGUACUACCGGGGUAUUCACUGCACCUGUCGCAGGCUUAUAUUCCUUCUCUAUACAACUUUGUACACGUGACGGCGGCAGUUACUACAUCUACUACACGUUCGUUGCUGAAAAUAAGGAAAUCAAAAGAGGAUAUUUUAGAAACGAUGAGAGUUACAGGACAAACAGUGCUGAGGCUGUUACAUAUGUUAACAAAGGAGGUAGCGUUUUUAUAAAAUCUACCAAUGGUCGCGACGGGACUUUAUUUCAAGACUCUUAUUGCUGGAAUACCUUCUCAGGAUUUCUGAUUCACUCAUAAUCUUGUUAUCCUACUCAUU